UGUUAUACAAUUGUAUGAAUGAAAAAGCAAUGCAUUUUCGAUUGUUGGUGAAUCAUAGAGUCGACAUAUGUAGAUAACGAUACUCAUUUCGGAGUUGAUGUUUAGCUGGUUAAUUAUCAACCCAAUUCGCGGUCGAUAAGAAACUGUAAACACCUGAACAGGGAUCAGAUAAGGUGUAAAAGAACAUUCUUCGGCUGACUAUCAACUAGAAUUUCAUUACCAUAAGCAAACAAAUUGUAACCCCCCAAUCUGGCAUCGGAAAUGAGCUGAUAAAUUCAUAGCCAGCCAGCAUUUAGUGCCAUAAAAGUGGAGCCGAUAUCAAAAGUGUGAAGCAUUCCACACAAUUCCCUGGACAAAAGUAAAWAMUCAUGAAGAACUAUCAGCUGCAAGCGUUCAUUGUGCUAUUGCUGCGGCUGGCGAAAAUCAGAGGCGACUCUGAAAGCGAUAUUGAAGGGCUCUGCGGCAGUGCCUCAACAUGGACUAUUAUGCCGAAUAAGCAGCAUUGCGAUAGGUUCUAUGUGUGCACGGGCAUGAAGGACAAGAGCUACCAGGAAUUUCAAUGUCCGCCGGAAUAUCAUUUCAACAGCCAGGAGCAACGCUGUGUAAGAGGCUCGUGCUCCACCCGCUGCAAUACGACGGGCGUUCAGCGCUUGGAGGGCGAUUGUACGCACUUCAAACGUUGCUCGAGCCAGGGCGAACUCUCAGUUAUGAAGUGCUCCUAUGGCUUCUACUUCGAUGCCAGCCGCAAAGCCUGUCUGCCGGUAAACGUAACGCCAGCUCAUCAGUGCAGCUGCAUAYUGCCAGAGCACUCAAUGCUAGCCAACUCGAACGACUGCCGAAGCUAUUAUACUUGUGUCGGCGGGCAGGCCAAGGUGCAGCAGUGUCCUCAAAAUUAUUAUUAUGACGCUAGCGUUAACAGUUGCCUGCUGGAUAUGAAAGGCGAAUGCCAGCCAGCUUUUCAGCUGGUCGAGCUGCCCUUGAAAGAGUGCCAAAAAGAUGUGGUCUCCCGUUACUGCACAGCUGAUACAGACUCCCAGUGCUUUACAGCAACAACUAGCACGCAAGCGACGCCAACUACAACUCAGAGAGUCAGCAAGGACGUGCAGAAAGUCAACAGCAGCAAGCAGGCUGAUCAAUUGAGCGCUCACAAGGCCAAGCCUGAGGAAAUUAGCAACAACAAGUUGUCAUCAAAGUUUUUGUUACAUUAAAAAUUAUAUUCAAUCCGUGUUAUACUUGUCUGCCCCAAAUAAAGUAAACUAAUAGUCUGACAUACCUUA